AUGUCAACUUUACUCGUCAGAUUUCUGACAGGCAGAUACAUUGUUGACUAUGACCCUACAAUAGAGGACACGUAUAGAAAAAUAUAUGUGUGUAAUGAUGAGCCAGAAUCAAUAGACAUCUUAGACACUGCAACCACUGGGAACGUGAAGUCGGAGUUGCGAAAAGAUUUCCUAAAGUAUGGCGACGCUUUUAUCAUUGUGUAUUCCGUCACCGAUCGUAGUUCCUUCGACAUGGUUCCUGUUUUCCGGCAGGAAAUCCUCGACGCACGUGAAAUGAAGGACAAACCACACGUUAAGUUGGUGGGAAAUAAAAGCGACCAAGAAAACGAGAGGCAAGUCACGACCUUCGAGGGGAAGAAGAUGGCCACAAAAUAUGACUGGACAUUUUGCGAGGCAUCUGCUGCAUCGAAUGUUGGAAUUCAGGACGUUUUCUUUGGACUUAAUGAAGUCAACAAAGAUUCCAUAGCGAAGGUACUGGGCUCCAGUUCGGAUUCAGACAGCGCAUGCUCCGGGGACGAAAUGCGAGUUAAAACGAAGAAAAAAAGCUCUCAUCGUAGAAGAUCAGCGUUCGGAGAUUUUAAAAUUUUCCGAAGGCAUUCGCAACAAAAUAACGUCUGAGAGUUUUCUGAGAGAUACCGGAUACAUUUAUUAAUGACUGUCAGGUGCGCGUUUUGACAACACCAUCUUCUUGGCAUCAUGCAAAAAGCUGUAUCAUGGAACAUAUAUGUCUGCACCAACGUAUUGGGUCUCUGAAAAGAGGUCUAUAAUUUCACUUGUAUAAAUUUCGAGGUGACUAUUGAUUUUUUCUGCUAUAGCUAGCUUU